AUGCCGAAUAAUUUGUCAUUAUCAUGUUGUCUCAUGUUCUAUACUUGUAUAUUCUACUUUAUAAUAUGAAUCUGCAUUAUAUCAUUUUCUUACAGUCUUAUAUUUAAACUCAUUGCAGUGUGAUAUAUGAUUAUGGCUGCAAGAAUAGCACUAGGGCAUGUUCAAGCCGUUUUGGUAGAUUUGAGUGGUACAUUGCAUAUUGGAAACAUUGCCACACUUGGAGCUGUAGAGGCUCUCAGCAAAUUACAAAACUCUCACCUCAAAGUGAAAUUUGUUACAAAUACUACAAAAGAAAGUGUGUCAUCGUUACACAAUAGACUUUUGAACAUUGGAUUCAAUAUUGACAAAAGCGAAAUAUAUUCUUCUUUGACUGCUGUUCGAAACUAUUUAAUUGAGAAUAAAUAUAAACCCUUCCUAAUGUUAUCAGAUGAUGCAGAAAAAGAUUUUGUAGGUUUAGAAAUGGAAAACCCAAAUGCUGUAGUUAUGGGUCUUUCACCAACACAUUUUCAAUAUGACACGAUGAAUACAGCAUUCCAUCUCCUUAUGAAUGGUUGUCCUUUGAUAGCGAUAAAUAAAGCCAGAUAUUAUCAAGCUACAAAAGGUCUUUUGCUUGGCACUGGUGCAUUUGUAGAGGCAUUAGAAUAUGCAUCUGGCACAAAAGCAGUUGUAAUUGGCAAACCCGAUAAAACUUUUUUUUUGGGUGCUGCGAAAAGUAUUGGCUGUGAACCAGCAGAGUGUGUUAUGAUUGGGGAUGAUGUGAAAGAUGAUGUUCUUGGUGCAAUAAAUUCAGGGAUGCAAGGAAUCCUUGUUAAAACUGGGAAAUACAGAGAAGGGGAUGAACAAAAUAUAUCUCAAUCAUUAUCGAAUUUUAUAGUAUCGAAUAAUUUUGCUGAUGCUGUAGAUAUAAUUUUGAAAACCAUGAGCUCAAAAUGAAAAGUAGCUACAAUUUUAUUAGUAUGUUAAACUUUUAGUAUUUCCGGAGUAAGGCGCUGGGCAUAUUUCGCCUUGUUUUAUAUUUUGAAAAUUUUAGAUUUGUCUAAUUCAUUUGGUAGCUUCGAUUAUGUGCAAUUCUUUAUGUUAUUGAAUGAUUUUUUAAAAGCAAUGUUUUGGCUCCCCAUUCUACCAAAAAUGCAUAGUUGUAUCGUACUCAUUCAUUAUCCCCUGAAUAUAAAAAAUCUUUGAAAAUUAUAUAUAAAUAAACAAUUUAAAAUUUCACUUCUAGUGACCGCACACACAAUAGUUCUGAAUCCAAUAAUGCGGUAAUCAACAUUUGUAUAUUGAAUACAUUUAUUAUUUUCGAGGUGCACUUGAUUUUUGUUUGGUUAUAUAAUUUUUAACGUUACCGGACCUAGAACACAUUUUUAAUUCCCACUUCUAAAUUUUAUUAUCAUAAUCAGUAGCCUACAAAAUUGUCGGUAUUCAAAAAAUGAACAAUAGGGCAUUGGAUAUUUUUUUUCCUAAAAGUCCAAAUGUUUUGGUUUCUCAG